AAAGUGGAAGUUUUGAACUUUUUUUAUGACACUUCACACAUGCAGUCUGAUCAUUCCUCCACUGAACUCUCACAACGCCAGGAUUUUUGCUGCUCCCACAAGUAACGCCAAAUUCAAGACUUGCCCACCCUCCUAAAUCCCUCCCAGAUUUAGAUUUUAUCCCAGAUUCUAUUGGCAGAUUAUCAGAUUAUCAGAUUAUGUUUCCCCCAUUAAUUUAUUGCCGGGUUGGAUAAAAAGUCUCGCUUUUGCGCCGGUUGUCAACCCAAAACGCUCCUCUAGAGAGAGAGAGAGAGAGAAAGGUUUGGUCUUGAGGGAGUUUUCUGGAAUGGGGACGACGAGAACGUGUGAAAUGAGGACUCUUAGCUCGCUGGAGCUUAUGCUGCUGAAGCUCCAGCAGGCGGAGGAGCCGCCGGAGGAUUCCUUGCCGGCAUUACCGGCUCGGCCGGUGAUGAGGGCGCGGCGGGCCAGGAUGAAACUACCGCUCACCUUCCACAACAGUGAUUUGGUUCGAGAAAAUGAGGCAGUUAAAGGGAGUUGUUCAACAAGUACACAGAAAGAGGCUUUUCUUGAUUCUGUUCAUCACCAGGAAUCUUCAGAGACUGAUUCACCCCAUGAUUUCAAUAAGGCUGCAGAAGAUGAGGAGAGAGGAGUUUUGCAGAAGAAGGGGGUAGUGAUAAUUCAGAGGUGUUUCAGAGGCCACCAAGCCUGCAGAUACUAUCAUGAGCUUAAGAUGGGAGCAAUUUCACUUCAAUCAUUUGUGAGGGGUGAAAAUGCAAGAAAUGGGUAUCAGUGUCUUGUAAAAAGACUGAGAGCCAUUGUCAUUAUUCAGAAACACACAAGGGAACAUAGAAAGCGAACCGAACAGCUUACAGGGAUCAUAUACUUGCAGGCUGGCAUUCGAGGUUGCUUGGCUCGAAGGGAAUUCGAUAAGCAAAUAGCAAGCCAAGAUACAGACAACCUUGGCAACAAGAAUGAACUCACCAAGGUUCCACAGAUAGUUUUACUUGAUCUGCGAAGAAAAGUUCUGAUUACUGAGGCAGCUCUGGAGAGGAAGAAAGACGAAAAUGCUUCUCUGAAGAAACGCAUUGCAGAAUUUGAAACGAAAUGGAAGCAAUAUGAAGCGAGGAUGCAAUCCAUGGAGAAGAUGUGGCAAGAUCAGCUGACAUCUAUACAAACAAGUUUAGCUGCAGUGAGGAAAAGACAGGCUGCUGCUGGGAAUGGAUCUCCAAGAUUACCCGAAACCUCUUCUGGGAGGCUCGCGUUUAAACCUUCUUGUAUGCUCAAGGAUGCUGGACAUCAAGUAAAUGGCGGGUUGGAUUCUCCCUGUCAUAAUGCCCAGUUUAGAACCACUUUGGACAAUCAUCCCGAGAGCAGUUCUUGGAUUCAAUCAGGACAAGAGGUUUCGAGUUUCAGCGCCAAAGAGGAUUUGGCAAAGCUGAAGCAGAGGUUCAAAUCUUGGAAGAAAGAUUACAAGACUAGAUUGAAGGAGGCAAAAUCAACAAUGAAGAAGCUGGGACAGCCUGAUAGGGUUGUGGGUUCAAAGAUAUGGUGUGGGAGAUGAAGAUCAGAAGAUGACAAGAUGUAGUUGAUCUUGGCAACUCUCAUACAUGAUUCAUAUAGUUUCUGUGUUGGUCCAAGCCUCCAAGGUCAAAUCUUCACAAAUUUUUUCUUAUAAGAUCAAUCAGAAAAAAGGAAAUGUACAGAACAGGCAUAAAUAGGAAGCAAAAUCAUGUCACUUAAUCAUGAA